GCCAAGAUCACACAGCAAGUCUUAUCAGAGAAUUAAAUGAAGGUCUCUGAAGUCCUUGGCUAGCUCUAGCUGUACCGUAUGUUAAUGUGGCACAUCAAGGAUGCUCCUGGAGUAGCAAGCAGCUAGGGCAAGUAUGAAAUUGUAUGUGAGGAUUUUAGUAUUUCUUAAUAAAAUCUUACUUUAUUUUCAGUAAAGGUAAGAUUAUGGGCACAAUGUCCCAGAAAAAACUAGUUAAGUAGCACAUCUUUUUUGGUUCCUGUCCAAAGUAAUUUAAUAACGGCACAAUUACACCUCGUUGUUAGUCAGACAUAACUGAGAAGCCAUUUAAUCCUCAUGUAUGAAGUAGUCUGCAGUUAAAUUCUGUUAAAUUAAAGCUCUAGCAUAUGGGUAAGGAACCUAAAGCCAGCUAAGUGACCUUCAGUUUUGUUUACCAGAGCUUACUGCUGUGUGAUUUGCUUUCUACUUUGUAUUGAAUGAGGGAUGUGUUAACGGGUGGCCCACCCAAGCAUCUGAAAGCCCUACCUGGUCUUCUGCAAAGAGAAGCAUUCUUGAUUUAGCCUUAAAGCAAUACAGACUGUCAGGAGCACAUACAGUUUUAGCUCUGUGCUAAUUCAGACUGGACUUUUUGCAUCUACGUUGUAUAUUGAAAGUGCCAAAAGGGACUUUUACACAUCCGAGUAUAACCGUUCUGACUGUGAAAAUACCAAGACAACAUUAAUUCUGCUAAAUCUGCUUUUGCUCUUUGCACAUGCAGUGCAGCAACAAGAGCAGAGUAGAAUCACCUUAGUUUUUUGCUUGAGACUUGUUUCACAUAGUCCCAGAUUAACUCUUAAAUCUUGGUUUAUUUAAGUCACCGGGUAUUUUCCUAUAACUUGCACGGAUUAUAUUGUAAAAAUCUCUUCAAAGGUCAAUUUAGAACCUUCUAAGCAAAUAAACACGAAGUAAAGGAAAAGGCAUUGGCACUGUUAUCUAGCUGAGAGCUUAACAAAAGGUAUGCUAGCUUAAUUUGAGCCAGGAGAGCUGGAUGGAGAUUGCGUUUAACCAGAAAUGCUGGCAAAAAUAUGCUUCAGUAGAGCCAGAAUCACAUGUGGCCAUUCCACUUUAAUUGUGCUUGUUUUAAAAGAUAGGUCUUUAACAUUUACCCUCUCCAUGCUUGCUGUCUUUUUAUGAACUGAAAAUAAAAGCUCCCCAGGCAGUCGUACUAAGACCUCAAGCCUAACAUUUUUCAGCUGAGUCAAAUGCAAAACCUGCGCUCAAUCUGCCCCAUGCAUUUUUUGUAGCCAUAAGAAGAUUGGACUGGUUUCCUUCCCGAGUCCCCAGGCCGGUCCUAACCCAGGGAGCCAGUGUUUUGAUACUAAAUGUGUCUCCUCAGUGAGGUCAAAGGCAGUGGCAGCAGUGCUACUGGUUCCAAGGCAGCCUGCUGUAAUGUACUACAACACCCGAAAGUACGCUCAACAAUAACAAAAGCAUUAACCGCUGACCCACAACUUGGUGAAAUUCAAUCCCACCAUUAGGCAAACAUGAAAAUGAGAUCCCAGAGGAAGGAAGGUUCAGAUGUUCAAGACCAGAGAAAUUGGGUGAGGAACACAGGCGACGAGAUGGGAAGUUGUUGCAGACUGAGGGGAGGGAAGGGGAGGUUGCCAGUUCAGCGGUAGGAUCUUUUAAUACCAGAAAUUUCAACAUGCAUUUAGGCAGUGUUUUUGCUCCACUUUGGAUCAAAGCAAGCUAAAACCAUUUAUAAUAAAGAUACUUUUCACUAUUUUAGGGACAUGUUUAAUGCGAUAUUGUUUGAUUUCCCAGGGGUUGCAUAAUGUUUCCAGAUUUGUUUCCAGAUUUGCUCUAAGUUAGAUGCUUGUGUCAAUGUGAAAGUGCUCACCACAAGGCUGGAGUGUUAGAGGAGCCUGAAAGAGCUAAGCACCCAAGUCUGACUCUGGUUUAUCUUGUUUCAGGUGGGUUACAGAUUUACACCACUGUCUCUAAGUAUAUUUCAGUGAGGGUCAGAUGCACCCUAGAAAACACAAGUGAUAAGUUCUGUGUCUCAAUAAUGAGUAAUGGUCCAUGUGCUGCAGCCAUCAUUGGCAGGAGGCUGGAGACGGGGCACUGGCAGGACUGCAUGCUCUCUGUUGUUGUUACAGUGCCUUGCUUUUCUCCCCAGAACACACUCACUGCAGAUGACCAUUCUCCUGAACACAGCUUCACCCUGAACCCUGAGGACAGAAGAGAAUACCCCGAUCUCCAGGCUGCCCACCGGCCAUUCCCCAAGCAGCGCUUCAGGCAGGAGAACGGGCAUACAUCCUUGCAAAGAGAUGGACCCAGAUCUUUCCUCCUGGAUCUCCCAAACUUCCCUGACCUGUCAAAAGCAGAUAUCAAUGGGCAGAAUCCAAACAUUCAGGUUACCAUUGAAGUGGUGGAUGGCCCUGACACCGAGACGGACAAGGAUCUGCAGAAAGAGAGCAGCAAGCCUAGCUGGCCAGUCCCAUCGCCUGAAUGGAGAAACUGGUGGCAAAGGUCCUCCACCUUGACUCGCAUGAGCAGCGGUGACCAGGACUACAAGUACGACAGCACUACUGAGGACAGCAACUUCCUAAACCCUCUCGGUGGGUGGGAUAGUCAUGCACCCAGUCACCGGACAUUUGAGUCCAAGGAGCAGCCAGAGUAUGAUUACAUGGACGGCGAGGGAGACUGGAGCCCGUGGUCCCUCUGCAGCGUCACCUGCGGCAGCGGCAACCAGAAGAGGACGAGGUCCUGUGGGUACGCCUGCACGGCCACCGAGUCACGGACCUGCGACCGGCCCAACUGCCCAGGGAUUGAAGAUACCUUCCGCACAGCUGCCACAGAAGUGAGCUUACUUGCAGGAAGUGAAGACUUCAACGCUACCAAGCUGUUUGAAGUUGAUACUGAUAGCUGCGAAAGAUGGAUGAGCUGCAAAAGCGAGUUCUUGAAGAAAUACAUGCACAAAGUGGUCAAUGAUCUUCCCAGCUGCCCGUGCUCCUACCCCAGAGAAGUUGCAUACAGCACUGCUGAAAUCUAUGAUCGACUGAAGAGGAAAAACUUCCGCUGGAAAGAUGCGAGUGGUCCAAAGGAAAAACUGGAGAUCUAUAAACCCACUGCACGGUACUGCAUCCGCUCCAUGCUCUCUUUGGAAAGCACAACGCUUGCAGCACAGCACUGCUGCUACGAUGAUAAUAUGCAGCUGAUUACCAGAGGGAAAGGGGCAGGCACACCGAACCUGAUCAGCAUUGAAUUCUCAGCAGAACUCCAUUACAAAGUGGACAUUCUGCCUUGGAUUAUAUGCAAAGGUGACUGGAGCCGAUACAAUGAAGCGCGGCCUCCAAACAAUGGGCAGAAGUGCACAGAAAACCCUUCAGAUGAAGACUACUACAAGCAAUUUCAAGAAGCAAGGGAAUACUGAGAUGUUCCUCCUCUUGAGACACAAAAUAGCAUUCGUUUCCUGGAUGCCAAAGAACUGAUAACGGCUGCUGCAUUGUCUCCUUGACAGGGGUUGAUCAGUUUCUUUCUAAUGAAUGUAUAUAGUUGUAAUAUAAUACAUAAGUAUU